AGUGCAGUUUAACUCCACAGAAGCCCGCUAGUUAGUAAGUAGCUCAAGCAUUUUAAUGCCUGCUGUGUUGAUGCCUACAGGGAAAAUAUUCUAAGUGCUUUCCCUUUCUCCUGAAGAAAAUAAGUUUCCAUCUAUGUUUUAUAAGGCUGUCUUGUCACAUCCAUUAUAAGGCAUGACACAGCCAGCCGGAGAAGGUACAGCGGUGAUUUUCAUAAUGUAUUUUAUUAAGAGAGCUUUUUUGAAGGGUAGAAAACAUAUAUGUACGUGUAUCAAUAAGUACACUGAAAUGUAGGUCAGCUAACUGUGAAGAUGUGUCUUAUGCUGGCCUAUGGCACAUAUGAUGUGGGGUGUUAAAGCCCAGAUACAUCAAACAUUAUGUUGAUCUGUUCAGCUUGGCACAAAUAGGAAAGAAUUUCCCCUAUUCUGAGAAUAUUAGGCCAUUAACUGGAACAGCUUUUAUGACCACUUUAUUCCAACCCAUGGCUGACCACUUAUUUGAGGAAAUAGCAGAGAAAUGACUCCUAGGCUUUUUCUCUCUGAAGUACACUGUUAAUACUGUACAUUAAAAAAAAAAAAAAAAAAAAAAAGGAAACAAACAAACAAAGAAAGCUCUGAAGCAUGUUGAAGUUUUUUAACCCCAGAGCCAUGCAAUAUCCUGCUCCAUUCAAAAGUGCGGAGGGAAGAAAGGGAUUGGAGGAGUGCUCCUUAUGGUAUCAAUUUUAUAUAAAGAGUGGAUUUAAAGGAGCAUACAUAAAUUUUGAAUGCGUGUGUGUGCACAAUGCAAGUUGUCUUCUGCAAGAACAGAGCAGUGAGGUUUCAAGUUAUCAGCUGACAACAGGCACAAUUUGUGGCAUUUUAGUUGUCCAAAAAGCCAGUUUUCCUGUUCCAAAAUAACUUCAGCAGAAUAUUUUUGUUCAGCAGCAGUAUUAUUAAACAUUUUAGACAGUCAUAUGAGUGUGUGUGUGUAUCUCUAUACAUAAAAUCAGCAUGUAAGGCGAUGCAGUGUAUUACAGAGCCAUUUGGCAUAUGCAUCAUUUGACCACUUUGCCUCUUCAGAGUUCAUUGAUAAAGCCCUCUCGUCGCCUCAUGUCUUGGUCUUCAACGGGAGUCGUCCAGGCAGUUGACUCCAUGUUUUAAGAGAACCUAUAAUUAAAAGAUUCCUGAUCUUCCUUGUAAAUGUAGGCCUUUCACUCAAAAUGCCUUGGUUUGAGGUCCAAUAUAAACAUGAAUCAUUUGUGUAUAAGUGAUAUCAUAUGUCCCUUGAGGAUGAGAAAUAAAGGCUUGAAAUCCCUAGAAAGCGGAGAAUUCCCAGUAGGACACCCAGAAGUGGAACAGAAAAAUUACUCUGGGGACUUGAGGAAUCCUCAAAUGUCCUCAAGCCCAGUCUUACAGCUACUGAAGCAUUAAAAUAAUAAAAACAUGUUUAAACAGGCAAAGGAUAAAAAAGGAUGUUGUUCCAGUAAAAGUGGGGGCAGUUGCCCUGGAUACAAAACCAUCAACUGUACCCUGGGGUGCACCAGGCCCAGCACCACCACUGUGGAGAAAAGGAAAAGGCAGACGGAAAUAGAAGGCAAGAGACAACAGCUUGAGGACCAGAUACUUCAGCUGCAGCAUUUCAAGUCAAAAGCUCUUCGGGAAAAAUGGCUGCUGCAGGGAAUUCCUGCUGGCUCUGCAGAAGAAGAAGAAGCCAGAAGGAAGCAGUCAGAAGAGGAUGAGCUGAAGGUGAAAAAGCUGGAAGAAAAUAUACACAGGUUGGAACAAGAAAUACAGAAAUUAGAAAGUGAGGAAUCUCAAAUAUCUGCCAAAGAACAAAUCAUUUUGGAGAAACUGAAGGAGACUGAGAAGUCCUUCGACAACUUGCAAAAGACUUUCUCUCACCAGGAUGGUGAUGCAGUAAAUUACAUUUGCUCCCAGAUCCCUGAACUCCCAACCCUCUAUUCACGAACAGCAGAGCCAGUUCCUGGGCGGGACGGAGCAAGCAGAGUAGCUGCUUUGUGCACCAUGGAAAUUAAUGUGGAGAAAGACAAACAGACAGGAGAGACCAAGAUUGUCUCUGCUUCACCUGUUGGCCCAGAUGAGGCCCAUCAAAGAGGAUUCAAAGUCUAUGAUGAUGGUACCAAGGUAGUCUAUGAGGUUCACUCUGGUGGCACAGUGGUAGAAAAUGGAGUACAUAAAUUAAGCUCAAAGGACGUAGAUGAACUUAUGCAAAAAGCUGGACAAUCAAAUGUAAAAGGAGGGUAUGAAAUAAUGACUGUGUCAGACAGAAAUGCAGUAGCUGAUGGAAACCUUAGCCAUAUGAAGGAGCAAAUGCUCUUCAAGGAGGCAAAGCUGGAAAUGGUACACAAACCAAACAAAGGGCAUGCUGUGAAUUCCCAGCCCCAAGACAAACCCCGUGGUGGCGAAGUUCCAGAGGCCAGUGCAGAUCAACCAGUGACAAUGAUAUUUAUGGGCUACCAGAGCAUUGACGAUGAAGAGGAGACAAAAAAAGUGCUGGGCUAUGAUGAAACCAUCAAAGCAGAGUUGGUUCUGAUCGAUGAAGAUGAUGAGAAGUCUUUGAGAGAGAAGACAGUGACAGACAUCUCCACCAUGGACGGGAACGCCGCUGAGCUGGUCUCUGGCAGGCCCCUGUCGGACACGACAGAGCCCUCCUCUCCUGAGGGGAAGGAAGAGAGCCUGCCCUUGGAAGCUGCCCCAGGCACAAGAGAAAUGGACAUGCUGCCGAAAGACCUGCAGGGACUGUGCUCCUUUGAAAACCCUGAAACCGAGGAGAGGACAGAGAAAUCUUCCAGAAUCCCUGAGGAUGACAUCAGGUUAAAAAAAAAUAGAGACCAAAACUGUGCCAAUUUCUUGGAGCCAGCUACUGCGCUUUCUACAAAGGAAGAAAAAAUGGAAAUUGAAGUUCCAGUUUCUGAACAUAAAAGCAUCACCACAGUGGCUUCACCGCAUCCCAUAGACAAUCCAACCCACUUCUUUUCUUCUGCUGCCAGCCACAAUGGACUUAAGGACCGGCACGAAUCUCUGGAAAGUGAAGUUGCUAAAGAGAUCAGGUAUUUAGAUGAAGUGCUGGAGGCAAACUGCUGUGAUUCUUCUGCUGAUAAUACCUUUAAUGGGACAUCCUCUCCUCAACUAAGUGCAGUCACCAUCAUGGAUGGCUCAGGAGCGUCAGUUAACGUCUCUAAUGAUUCAGUACCCAAUGCAAGGGAAGAAAAUGCAGCUGACAAGCAGGUGCCCUUGGUUGUUAAACCACAUGACGUUAGUACAACAGGUGAAAGCCUGAAUUCUAAUGGCCAUUCCUUGGGUGGACUGAAGGAAGACAUUGGGGAAAGUCUGAAGAUACCAGGAAGUCCCACUUCUUCAAACAGUUCUAGAAGAUCUUCUAAGGAUGGAGAAACAACUCUUACAACCCUUAAGAAAGAGGCUAAGUUUGAACUACGAGCUUUCCACGAGGACAAAAAACCCUCUAAGCUCUUUGAAGAUGAAGAUGAGAAAGAAAAGUAUAGGGUCCGGAAAGUGAGACCAUCAGAGGAAAUGAUAGAACUUGAAAAGGAAAGAAGGGAACUCAUUAAAAGCCAGGCUGUCAAGAAAAACCCUAACAUUGCCGCCAAAUGGUGGAACCCUCCCCAGGAGAAGACCCUGGAGGAACAACUGGAUGAAGAGCAUCUGGAAUCCCACAAGAAGUACAAGGAGCGCAAGGAGAGACUGCAGCAGCAAAGUACAACACCAACAUCUCCCAAACAGGUCAGCUGCUCCUUUGUACCACCAGAGCCAGUGAAUAUCAAGAAAGAAGAUAUUGUCACAGAGCAAAUUGAUUUCUCAGCUGCCAGGAAGCAGUUCCAACUGAUGGAGCAUUCAGGUCCAUCUCAGGGUCAGGUCCCACCAAGGCGGUCAGGAACACCCAAAAUGUUCUCCGUCAAACCAUUCUAUAAAAGCCUCAAUCCUUCAAAUGCAGACAGGCCUCUCUCCACCAUUACAAGACCUGUUUCAAUGUAUGGACAAACAGGUCAACACGAGGGUAAUGACAUUACUGUUGUCAAAGCACAGAAAGUCUCCUGUUCUUCAGAGGAUGAUGCAAAUGCUCAGAACAACAGUGCUGACCCAAUAAGAGAGUUACCAUGUAGUGAUAGCUCCAGAGCUGGACAGGCCUCAAAACUGUGGUCAGAGGAUGGAGAAUUCAUGAGUGCAAGAGCUGUCUUCACGGUGGUGAAGGAUGAUGUACAGGGUGUGCUAGACCAGCUCCCAAAGUCAGCCAGCGCCUCCUCCCCUCCUGAGGAGCUUGACUCCGGUUUGGAUGACUUGUCUGUAAGAUCUCAGGAUACCACUGUCUUGGAGACCCUUUCCAAUGACUUCAGCAUGGAUAACAUCAGUGACAGUGGUGCCUCUAAUGAAACCAUGAGUGCCCUGCAAGAAAGCUCACUGGCAGAUUUCUCCCUGCCACAGACCCCACAGACCGAUACUCCAGCAGAGUGCAGGGGCGAAGGCAUGUCCAAAUCAUUCAGCGACCCAGGCUGUGACUCACUGUCCUCUGCCUUGGCAGAGUCUAUGAUAAUCGACAACCAGCUGGAGUACCACGCUGGUCUGCUUGUUCAGAAUGCCAUUCAACAAGCCAUAGCCGAACAGGCAGAUAAAACAAAUGGCAAGGAAGAGAAAAUCCCAGCAGAGCAGGAUACCUCUGCCAAAGAGCAGCCAGCCACCACCAGGCUAUCUCCAACCUCCAAGAAGCAGCAGAACCCAGUGUUUAAGCCACCCCAGGUGUCUUCACCUGUUCAAGAAAAAAGGGACACCAUACCAAAGACUUCAAAAGAAGACAACUCAGGACUCAGGGAAGGGAAGAGUUUGCAGCAGUCGCCCGUGUACUCUGCCAGCCAGCCAUUCCUUGUGGAGGAGAACAAGCCCGAAGUCAGUUACUUCAGCAAGUAUUCAGAGGCAGCUGAGCUGAGGAGCACUGCCUCCAUCCUUGCCACACAGGAACCUGAAGUGACCGUGGGCCCUUUCAAGUUACGAUCAAGGAAGCAGCGGACUUUAUCAAUGAUAGAAGAAGAGAUCAGAGCUGCCCAGGAGCGAGAAGAGGAGCUGAAGAGGCAGCGGCAAGGUCUGCAGAUGGCACCAAGCCCUGUUACCAAGAGUGCACCACCCCUGCCCACCAGAACAGUGUCUUACAAAACUGCACCAGGAAAGAUAGAGAAAAUCAAGCCUCCUCCAUCCCCCACCACAGAGGGCCCCGCCUCACACUCUGACCUGCAGGCCGAGGAGCCUGCAGGAGCCCAGCGACCCAAGAACCUGAUGGAGACCCUCAUGGAGGAUUACGAAACACACAAAACCAAGAGACGAGAGAGGAUGGAUGACAGCAGUUACACCUGUAAAUUACUGUCUAGCAAGGUUACUUCAGAGGUGCUGGAGGCCACCAGGGUGAACCGCAGGAAGAGCGCGCUGGCGCUGCGCUGGGAGGCCGGCAUUUACGCCAACCGGGAGGAGGACGAGUAGCUGUGUGGCAGCACCCGCAGAACCAAAAAAAAAAGAAGGGGGGGAAAAAAAAAAAAAAAAAAAAAAAAAAAAGGAAAUAUGAAAGAGAAAGGAGGGGGGGGGGAAAAAAAAAGGAAAAAAAAUAAGCAGCAGCAGCGUUUUAAUCCGAUAUUUAUUAAAUACACAACGAACUCGAUGAUGAUGCACACAGACACAGAAACGAUCCAGCUCCCGGCAACUCUAAAACAACAGGAACAGCCCACUCGGAAAACGCCCCCUCCUCCCACCCCUGCUUCCCCCCCUGGAAAUGAUGCUGGGGUUGCAGGACUGGGGAACCAUGGGAUGCACCGCAGGGUCUGCACCCACAUCGGCAUCGCCCCCGCAGCGUGACAACAUCGCCCUCUGAUGCUGUUUCUUUGAGGGGACCGAAAGGUUCAGGGUUGGGAUUGGAGCGGGGUUGGGUUUUUUGGAGGGGGGUCUGCGCCCCUUAUCUAGUAAUUUAUCUGUUUCAAUGAAAAAAAAACAAAACAAAAACACAAAUAAACAGGGAAGCAUCUAUUGCAAAUGUACAAUCCAGCAGACUCAGUAAAUACAGCCCUUGUGUUGCAAACACAAGCCAUCACAAUUCAGGAGUGGAAUAGAUGGGGAUGAGAGCUAAGCCAAAUGGAUCACCUUAGCUUUAGGAUCCUAUAUGCUUGCAAUAUCACCUGAGCUCCAGGUUCUCAGAUCAUAUUUACCUAACAAAGUUUCUAAAUAGAAAGUCUGUAUUUAGUGGAUGACAACUAUUUUUUGAUGGUGGGGAGGGGGAAAAGAAUGGCGCAUGUGGAUAACUGAUGGAGACGGAUAGUUUGAAGCAGAAAGGUAGUGGGGAAUGAAUACAUAUAAAGGACAUUUAAUUUUUAAAUGAGGCAAUAAUCGAACCGAGCCAGACUUUGGCCUAGGAAGAGGUAUGAGAUAGAGAGGAAAGAGAGCUACGUCUUUCACUAUAUUUAUACGACAUAAAAAGCCUUUGGAGCAGAGUGCUUUGUGGGAGCCUUCGGGUCCCUGGGCAACAAGAAGUUGGGGGCAGGAGGGAGCGAGGGGGCAGGCAGGCAGGGGGGGAAGCAUGACGUUUGCCAUCCAACCAGAGCAUGCAGCGCUGCAAGCAGACCACGGGGCCCGUGCUUGUUGCUUUGGCCCGGGAUCAGCCGCCAGGGGUUCGUGUGCAUCUGUGUGUGCGUGGGGCGCGUGUGCGUGUGCAAGGAUACGCGUGGCAGUGUGUGUGUGUGUGCGGGUUUUCUCCAAGGCUGUGUACCAGCUGUAGGGGUGAGUGCUCAUGUCUUUCUUUCUUUCUUCCUUUCUUUUUUCUUUUUUCUUCUUUCUUUUUUUUUUUUUUCUUCUUUGUCUGAAAGGGGAUAUAAAAACAAGGCACUGAGUUAAUGCAGUAUUUGUGAUAUCAAAAUUUGACCCAACAUGGUAUUUGCAUGAGUCACAAUUGCAAAGUAUUGACCAAUUUUGUAAGCUGACAAUUAGGAAAAGAAAUGUGGUAUUUAUUCUUGUGCUUUGUAUUUGUAUGUAGUAUAGAGGCUGCGGGUUUACUCUUUUCACGCAAGCAAUACAAUAAGAGUAUUUUAGAACUGGGAACCAUAAUUUCUGGACCAGAAAUGAACAAGUUUGGGAGGCAACAACAACAACAACAACAAAAAAUGCUGAGCUUUUUUCUAUAUAAAACGCUCUGCCUUUUUUAUAGACAAGCAAUGAUUAUUUUGACUUCUUUUUAAAAACCACAGUGCUGGUCCUCCCCCAAGCCUCUCCUUGGCUUCAUGGCCUGCUGCGCUGCUUUGUCUUGGAGCAGCGAGCUCACUUCUCAUAAGUACCAAUACUGUGAACACCCUCCUGGUGCUUUUCUUCAACCAACACAGCGCUUGCAACCGAACGAUAUUACUCCCCACAAUUCCCCCCAGCAUGCCUGUGGACAUUUUGAGGCCCAUUUUCAGGGAACUGUAGCACCCAUGAGCUCUGUGAAUUGUCUCCCUCCGUGCCGUGGAGCUCAAGAAGGCCCUGCUGACCUGUUUGCUGUGAGAUGAGGUGCCCUGAGCAGAGGGCCCCGCAUCAGACGAUGCUCCCCAAAACGGGGGCACAUCUGUAUUCCCCUCCACCCGGAGGUCUGCUUUCCUCCCACACCGGCUGACAUUGGUCACCCAUCUCAAGACGCCUCCUCGUGCUUUGUUGCCCCUUGGUCCUAGAAGCGCAAACCGGGUUGCCCUCCACGAGGGGCACGGUUGUGGGGAAGGAGCACCGGGGGCCUCCGCUCUCCUCCCCAUGGCAGUGGCACGCGCCAGCCCCAGGCAGCCAAACUGCAGCCAGCAGUGUUCUUCUCUUCCAGAAAUUAUGGGCAUUUGUCAGCAGCGCACACUCUGUGCGGCGGUAGCACGGGUGCUGUGCAGCACACUCGCCUCUCUGUUAUUUCAUUUGCAUGCUACCAGGCUUAGGUGUUUAUAAGUAUACGCCAGUAAUACAUAUCUAUCUAUAUAUAACUAUAUCCAACGCAACCAAGGAGCACUAUUGCAGAGUUAACUUUGUCUCCGCAAAAGAAGCGCUCAGAUCCUUUCCCGUGGCAAAGACUGGUUUUAAUGAAACUGUGUAUUGAGAAAUAGUUAAGCAUUAGCAUUUGUGAUUAUAAGCAGUUUGGGGUUACAGUGCAGGUUUUCUGAACGGUUUGUUUUAAAGGCUGCCAGUUUGGGCUUCAUCUCGCUCCGUACUGACAUCGUCCGAAGGAAAACAGAAAAACAUCACUUGGUUUGGCAACAGGAAGGCGGCAUCCUUGUCAUGACUCACCGAACAGCUUCAACAGUACCUGGCUUUCUGUAUGUUAACCACUUCAAUGUUAUCCUGCUUCUGUUUUAUAGUGACUGUGAGGCCUACAAUGCAAGUAUAUAAUUAUUUUCUCAUUAAAA